AGGCCUUGUUCCCGCGUUGAGCCGCCGCCGCCGCCGCCGCCUCCUCAGCUUCAGCCUCCGCGCCAGGCCCGGCCCCGCCGCGCCAUGUCGGACUACAGCACGGGAGGACCCCCGCCCGGGCCGCCGCCGCCCGCUGGCGGCGGCGGGGGAGCCGGGGGAGCCGGGGGCGCCGGGGGAGGCCCUCCGCCGGGCCCGCCGGGUGCGGGGGACCGGGGCGGCGGCGGCCCCGGCGGCGGCCCCGGCGGGGGGUCGGCCGGGGGUCCCUCCCAGCCGCCCGGCGGGGGAGGCCCGGGGAUCCGCAAGGACGCUUUCGCCGACGCCGUGCAGCGGGCCCGCCAGAUUGCAGCCAAAAUUGGAGGCGACGCUGCUACAACAGUGAACAACAGCACUCCUGAUUUUGGUUUUGGGGGCCAAAAGAGGCAGUUAGAAGAUGGAGACCAACCGGAGAGCAAGAAACUGGCUUCCCAGGGAGACUCCAUCAGUUCUCAACUUGGACCCAUCCAUCCUCCCCCCAGGACUUCAAUGACAGAAGAGUACAGGGUCCCAGACGGCAUGGUGGGACUAAUCAUUGGCAGAGGUGGUGAACAGAUUAACAAAAUCCAGCAGGAUUCAGGCUGCAAAGUCCAGAUCUCACCAGACAGCGGUGGCCUACCCGAGCGCAGUGUGUCCUUGACGGGAGCCCCAGAAUCUGUCCAGAAAGCAAAGAUGAUGCUGGAUGACAUUGUCUCUCGGGGUCGUGGGGGGCCCCCAGGACAGUUCCACGACAAUGCCAAUGGAGGCCAGAAUGGCACUGUGCAGGAGAUCAUGAUCCCCGCGGGGAAGGCUGGCCUGGUCAUCGGCAAAGGCGGGGAGACAAUUAAGCAGCUGCAGGAGCGAGCUGGAGUGAAGAUGAUUUUAAUUCAAGAUGGCUCCCAGAAUACAAAUGUGGACAAGCCUCUCCGCAUCAUUGGGGAUCCUUACAAAGUGCAGCAAGCCUGUGAGAUGGUGAUGGACAUCCUCCGGGAGCGUGACCAGGGUGGCUUUGGGGACCGGAACGAGUAUGGAUCCCGGAUUGGCGGGGGCAUCGAUGUGCCAGUGCCUAGGCAUUCUGUCGGGGUGGUCAUUGGCCGGAGCGGAGAAAUGAUCAAGAAGAUCCAGAAUGACGCUGGUGUGCGGAUACAGUUUAAGCAAGAUGAUGGGACUGGUCCUGAGAAGAUAGCUCACAUAAUGGGGCCCCCAGAUCGGUGUGAGCAUGCAGCGCGGAUCAUCAAUGAUCUCCUCCAGAGCCUCAGGAGUGGUCCCCCGGGCCCACCAGGGGGUCCUGGCAUGCCCCCGGGGGGCCGGGGACGAGGAAGGGGCCAAGGCAACUGGGGCCCUCCGGGCGGAGAGAUGACCUUUUCCAUCCCCACUCACAAAUGUGGGCUGGUCAUCGGCCGAGGUGGUGAGAACGUGAAAGCCAUAAACCAGCAGACAGGCGCCUUUGUGGAGAUCUCCCGGCAGCUGCCGCCCAAUGGGGACCCCAACUUCAAGUUGUUCAUCAUCCGGGGCUCACCCCAGCAGAUAGACCACGCCAAGCAGCUCAUUGAGGAAAAGAUUGAGGGUCCCCUCUGCCCCGUUGGACCAGGCCCCGGGGGACCAGGCCCUGCAGGCCCCAUGGGGCCCUUCAACCCCGGGCCUUUCAAUCAGGGGCCACCUGGGGCUCCCCCGCAUGCGGGGGGUCCUCCUCCUCACCAGUACCCGCCCCAGGGCUGGGGCAAUACCUACCCCCAGUGGCAACCACCUGCUCCUCAUGACCCAAGUAAGUAAGCUGCAGCCGCUGCAGACCCCAACGCCGCCUGGGCCGCCUACUACUCACACUACUACCAGCAGCCCCCAGGCCCCGUGCCCGGCCCUGCACCGGCCCCCGCGGCCCCCCCUGCCCAGGGCGAGCCCCCACAGCCCCCGCCCGCCGGCCAGUCAGACUACACUAAGGCCUGGGAAGAGUAUUACAAAAAGAUUGGCCAGCAGCCCCAGCAGCCCGGAGCGCCCCCGCAGCAGGACUACACGAAGGCCUGGGAGGAGUACUACAAGAAGCAGGCUCAAGUGGCCACCGGAGGGGGUCCAGGAGCCCCCCCAGGCUCCCAGCCAGACUACAGUGCCGCCUGGGCUGAAUAUUACAGACAGCAGGCCGCUUACUACGGACAGACUCCAGGUCCUGGCGGCCCCCAGCCUCCACCCACACAGCAGGGACAGCAGCAGGCAAGUGGGAAUUGCCACCCUCCUCCUCCUCCUUUUUCCUUCCAACCCCCGGCCACCGUCCAUCCUGCCUUAGUGGGUAGCGCCGGAAAUCCCUUCCCCUGCGGGGUGUGUCCUUGAUGCCUGCAGCGGGGGCCGUGUGGCCAGAGGUCUCCGGGAGUCCCCCCGAGCUGGGGAA